GCCAGGUUCUACUCUGUGCUAGGUGGCUGGUUGGGUUUCCAGUAAGGGGCGAUGUUUUCCUCUGAGUCCAGAGCCCGUCCGUGGACUAGGGAGGCCAGUGCCGCAGAACACAAGAAAUGGGUGGAAGUAUUUAAAGCAUGUGAUGAAGAUAACAAAGGCUAUCUAAGCAGAGAGGACUUUAAGGUUGCUGUUGUAAUGCUGUUUGGAUAUAAGCCUUCCCAGGUAGAAACCAAUUCUGUGAUGUCUUCAGUAACUUCAGGCACUUCCGGUCUACCACUUCAGGAGUUUUUAAAUAUCAUAAGGAAAAAGAAGGAAGCUCAAAUCUUCCGGAAUGAAAUAAGACACAUUUUCACAGCUUUUGACAGGCAUUAUCGUGGCUACUUAACUUUGGAAGAUUUCGAAAAAGCAUUUGAACUGGUAGCUCCCAAGUUGCCAAAGAGGGUGGUGAUUGAGGUGUUCAGGGAAGUAGAUCAGGACUCAGAUGGUCAUGUCAGCUUUAAAGACUUCGAGUACGCCAUGAACUAUGGACAAAAUGAAGCUGAGCUAUUGUGAACUCCUGGGAUCACUGGCAGAUUGCAAUGAUUUAGAUGUCAAGCAUCACUAAUGAUGCAAUGUUGCAUUCUUGCAAUUAAACUCCUAGUCGUUGU